AUGGAUAUCGAGCAGACCAUCAGAGGCAUCAAGCCUCUCUGCGGGCGCAUAGUCCCCAUUCGAACGAUACAAGAGACACGACCACCAGAAGAAUUCGCCGACGCCUACGUCGCAGAAGUCAAUGUGAAAGCCGCAUCCAAAGUGAUCAAAGCUCUCGAUGCUGCCUUCCCUCGAGACUCGUCUCUUCAAUUGUCCCACCUCCGUCGUUUCGCCAAGCGAGAACUAUUGCCAGCACCUUUGAGAUCAGUGAUUGAAGAGGGAAGCUCCUCGCCAGCCACAUCCGCGCAAACCAUCUUCGUUCUCAUCUCACCUCCCUUGCCGGACACCAAUGCUCUUCAGGCCCUUCUUGCUCCCUUUGCACCGCCCGCGACUCCGGUUGCGGUUACACCAUCGGCCGAUGCGCCAUUAGAUUCCUCGACCACCGGCCCGGCUCUCUCCAAGAUUCAUUUGCACACCACUAAAGUCCCUCUCUAUCCUCCAUUUAACACGCACCAGGCCGAAACCUGGACUAAAUCUCUGUGGCCGGUCAUCUUCAAUCCCGCCGCACCGCGUGCCACCAUUGCCCCGCCGCCUCAGAUUCUGGGUCGUGCGCAAGACUCCAUUCAGUCCCGAGCAGGGUAUUACUUAUCUCUUGCACAGAAGGUUGCCGAUGAAGCGAGUCAAUCGGGGCGGGGCCGCGGCGUGGGCGCGGUGAUCGUCGAUCCUGCACUCGAGGCGCAAAUCGAUGCCGUCAACCAUGAGCUUGAUCCCGACCGUCCGAGUCGGUGGCCAGAAGCUGUCCUUGCCGUCGCUGGUGAUGCGCGAUACGCCCGCCCAGAAGCUGGCGAGCCGUCCCAGGCGGCACUGCAUGCCGGUGUGGCACCCAACCCAGCCAGCAAGACAUACAACGCUGACCUGGAAGGUGGACCAGAGCUGCAUGCGCUCAUGCGUGCUGUGGAAAUGGUUGCUCGCUGGCGCCGCGAGGAGGACCGGCGGGACCAGGCUUCCCUGUCGGAAGAGGCACCCCAUUCAUGGCUAAGCCCGCUGGAAUCAUAUUUCUUGUAUCAGUCGCAUCCCCCCUCUCGCUCCCCAGCCCCCGACUCUCCGUCCUCCCCCAGAAAGAGGAAACACGAAGCCCCCAAUCCGGAAUCAUCUGCCUGUGCAUUAGACCCACAGACCGACCUCCCUGCUCCUCCGCCGUCGAGCGUCGCCCUACCAGACCCUACCAUCACCCACUCUACUCACACUGAAACUGGGAACCCUCUUCCUGCAUCAUCAGCUUCUCCUUCUCAUUCCGCGCCCGCUCCUACAAGCUCCCGUAUCCGCACCCGUUCCCAAGGCGGCUAUCUCUGUACAGACCUUGACGUCUAUAUCUCGCACGAACCCUGUCUAUGCUGCUCGAUGGGAAUGCUUCUUUCCCGCUUCCGGGCUGUGGUCUUUCCUCGCUCCGGGAGAAUGGAGAGUGGUGGACUUGCAUCGGAGCCUGUUGUCACUCCUACACCCGAUGAUCGCGAUGAUCAACAUGGUGGUGGUGGUGGUGCGACUACGGGUGCAGACGCUGAGACGGGGACAAACGAGAGCCUCGACGAGAGGAUUUACUAUGGCCUGCAUUGGAGGAAAGAGCUGAACUGGAGGGCCCUAGGAUUUGAGUUUCUGGAGGAUGAAGAGCUUGAAAACAAGACAGCCGUGGUCUUCAAUGCUUGA